AUGCUUCCAGAUCCUGUAUUUGCAAAUAUUGCCCUAGUAACUCCCGAAAAAGAACUACAACGCCAGAUCGAGGCCUCUCCAGACCAGGACAAGUCCUUGGAGGAAAUCUUGCAGUUCCUACAAAACAAGUCCAAGGCACCACCCUCCAUCAAGCGCGCAUUCAAGGAUUAUGAACUGGAGGCUGGUCUGUUGUUUUACCAGGGACGAAUUGUAGUACUGGACGUAGGAACCUUACGGACGGACUUGCUCAGGAUCUUCCACGAUAGCCCGUUGGCAGGCCAUCCAGGCAGACAGAGGACCUUAGAAUUGGUAUCAAGAACUUACUACUGGCCUGGCAUCCGCGCCAAUACAUAUUGGCACGUUGAUUUGUGUGAGAUCUGCCAACGGAUCCGGAAGCCCAAAUACGCGUCCAUUCCCCCUCAGCCUUUGGAACUUCCAUCACAACCUUGGCAACACGUAUCAUACGAUAUGAUAGUAGACCUGCCCAAGGACGGAAGUAACGACUCCAUCUUGGUCAUAGUGGAUAGCUUCACAAAGUAUGGGAUUUUUGUCAAAUGUUCUAAGAAGCUCAAGGCACCCGAACUGGCGGAAUUGUUCUUGGAACACGUAUGGAAACGGCACGGUAUGCCCAAGAAAACAGUCUCCGAUAGGGGAAGGAUCUUCAAUAACAAAUUCCUGAAGGCGCUGUACAAACGCCUGGGAAUAGACCCUCACUUCUCCUCAGCGUACCACCCCCAGAGCGACGGACAGACGGAACGGGUUAACCCAUCCAUUGAACAUUUUCUCAGGGCAUACUCAGGGGUCAAUCAACGGGACUGGACCAAAUGGUUACCAAUGGCCGAAUUCGCGUACAACAACGCGGUGCACAGCAGCACAGGAAAGACACCGUUCAAAGCCCUGUACGGAUGGGAACCUACCCUGACACCUUCUAACGUACCCACGGAUGUACCAGAGGCCGACGACUUAGCCCAGGUAAUGGAGGCACAAUGGAAGGAAGUGGAAUCAGCACUCCGGCAAUCCAAGCAACGCAUGACGGCUGGAGAAGAUGGAAGCCCAAUAGAGUUCGAGAUUGGAGAAGAAGCCUGGCUGGACGCCAGAAACGUCAACCUCAAGACCUUGAGUCCCAAACUUACGGAGCAACGCCUGGGACCAUUUAAAGUUAUUGAGAAGAUCUCCGAUUGGGCCUACCGCCUGGAACUUCCCCCUACCAUGCGAAUCCACAACGUCUUCUAUAUAGGACUCCUGUCUAAGGUCAAAAAAGACAAGAAGCGCGCCUUCAAAAAUUGCCCCCCACCGGUCACAGUAAAUGGGGAGGAGGAAUACAAAGUAGAGGGAAUUACCGAUGCAGAGGAACGCAACGGGAAAUGGUUUUUCCGGGUGAAAUGGAAGGGUUACGGCUCGGAAGAAAACACAUGGGAGCCCCGGGAGAACCUAGAAAACGCAGAAAAAAUUUUGAAAAAGUACGAGGAAGACAUGAAAAAGAAGGCCCUCGGCGCUGCCAAGGCCCUUAGAGGGGGGGCAGUGUUGUAG